CCACGCCCCCUCCGGCUUGGCCACGCCCCUCAGGGCCGGGCCACGCCUCCGUGUUUGGCCACGCCUCUCCAUGCAUGGCCACGCCCCCUCUGUGCUGUAGGCUGCCGGUGGAGCGCUGUGAUUGGCCCGCGGCCAAGAUGGAAGGGGGAGAAGCAGCCAAUGGGAGCGGAGUGGCCGCGGAGGAGGCAGCCAAUGGGCAGCGAGCGCCCCCAGGUUGGUCCAAUGGGGAGGGAGCGGGCGCGGAGCCAGCCAAUGAGGGGCGACGGGUGGAGGAGGAGGCAGCCAAUGGGAUCGCAGCGCUGCAGGGUGCGGCCAAUGAGGGAGCGGGGAGCUGCCUGCCAGCCAAUGAGCAGCAAGAAGGGCGGGGAGCAAACAAGGGCUCAGCCAAUGAGGACGAAGGGAGCCGGGAGCCCACCAAUGACAGUGCAGGGCCACGGAGACCAACCAAUGAGAAUGCCGCGCGCCCGGAGCCAUCCAGCAGGGCAGCCACGUCGCUCCCCAGGCCGUCCAAUCAGGCGGCGGCCCGGGUGCCAUCAGCCAAUGAGCAGUGGGACUGGCGCAGCGAGGAGGCGUGGCUCCGCGAGCCCUGCGGGGACGAGGACGGGGACCCCUGGGACCUGUGGGCCGGGCCUGGGGCGGCAGCCAAUGAGCACGCGGGAGGCUGGGAGCCAGCCAAUGGCAGCGGAGACCCCAAGGAGGCGACUGACGUCAACAGGAACCCGAGUGACGUCAUCAGGGACCCCAAAAACCCAACCGGGGACCCCAAAAACCCGACGGAUGUCAACAGGAACCUAACUGACGUCAUCAAAGACCCCCAAAUCCCAACGGAUGUCAACGAGAACCCCAGCGACGUCAUCAGGGACCCCCAAAACCCAACGGGGGCCCCCCAAAACCCAACUGACGUCAACAAGAACCCCACGAGAGACCCCAAAAACCCAACCAGCGCCAACGAAGACCCCCAGGACCCAACGGAGACCCCCCAAGACCCAACGGAGGCCGCCCCGUGGUGGCGCAGCCCCGACGCUUCCUUCUCCAAGCAAAUCCUCCGGCCCGGCCGAGGUCUCGACCGCCCCGGUUGGGGACCAUGA